AUGGAGUCUCGCCGCCUUUCGCCCUUUGCAGUUGAGAGGCCCCCCCAGACGAGAGUCAAGGCCUUUCACGCUGCAAUGGCAGCAGCAGGAGCCCCCAAAGAUCCUUCUAAGCAGGCCAUCCAAAAUGAUGUUGACGUUAAACACCUACAGAAGCCUAAGGGUCGGCUUGAGAAGCCACCCGGGCGUUCCAACUCGCCUUCUCUUCAGCCCCCGGCAGAGGGUGAGGACGGAGAGCUUUCAGAGCUUGGUAUAGACAACGUGGCUUGCUGCUGCUGCAGCCACGGGGCAGCAGAUUUACUCCUGCUGCAAUGCAGCCAUCUGCUAUGUCUGCCAUGUGGAUCUCGGGAGCUACAGCAUCAGGCGGCAACGGAUCCAGCUGCAGGUCUAGGCAUUAUUAUUUGUCCCUUAUGUAACACUAAUACUCUGUUGUCCUCUAAGGCAGCGGCUACUCUCAUUAGGGCCCGCCCUAAGAGGAUACACCCUAGAGAGAGAGGAAAUGCCAUAGACGCAAACGCAGAAUGGGCAGCAUCAGAAGCGCCGGAGCCAGCAGACACACAGGAGGUGACUCAAGAUAAGGAAGUAACUCGUGUGUCUCGUGAUGAGGUGCCCCGUUGGGCCUCACCGACUGCGUCUACGUUGGCGGCAGUAGCACAGAGAGGCUCCGUCAGCCCGCGAGACCUCUUGACGCCACCUUAUCUGGAUGCUUCUCACAUAGAGUGGCCUCUUCUGUGUUCUUCAUGUGAAGAAAAGUCGGCCUCAGUGUACUGCAGAGAUUGUGUUAGGGCUUUCUGUAGGGCUUGUGCUGUAGAAGCGCAUGCGCCGCAAGGACGUGCUAGCUCCCCCUCCUCUCGAGUGUCUCGCCACCGAUUUUCUCUUUUGUCUUCCCGCGGUGUCUCUAGAGUCCUCCCCCUGACCAAUCCCUCUCGUUGCAAAUUGCGUUCAAUGGAUCACAUUAAGCGCCUGGAAGACGCGGAGCCCUUCCUCUCUUUGGCCGAGUGUCUCUCAAGCUUCGAAUCCACGGCUCUAGCUGCUGGUGAAGCUGAUGCUCGUGAACCCACUGGAGGGCUCGGAGAAGCAUUGGAUCCGAGUCAGAUAGCGUAUACGCACGUUUCUCCAGCGCAGCAACAGCGGCAGUGCACAGUCUCAUCUCUGCCUUGCGAGGAGCAUCCCACUGAGCCUGUCAGGUUCUACUGCAGGAGCUGCGGGGGGCGCUGUAUCUGUGCUGAAUGCGUGGUGUCUGGCCAACACCAGAGGCACAACGUAGUGGCCGUCGAUGGAGCAUGGCAAGAGGCCGUAUCGAAGAUAGAGGGUGAGCUAAACCCCAGCCUAGAUAGAGCAGAAGGAGACACCGAGAAUGCUAGGUCCUUUCUUCAAGACAAACGGACCGAGUGGUCGGCAGCCCUCCAAGAGGAUAAACAGCUUCUCUCCCUCACGAGCCAGCAGAUCAAAAAGCAGCUAGCAGCCAAACAGGAAGAACUGCUGGGGGUGCUAGAAACACAUUUACGAGAUUUCUCUGCAGAAUGUGAGGGUUUUAGGGCCUUCAUACAAAAGAAACUGCAGUUGGUAGAGGGCAGGGCCCGACAGGUGGCGGAAGGAAAGGGAGCCCUAGAUCCUCAGCUGGUCCUAGAGUUCGUGUCCAAAGAAUAUCAAACCACCCAAGAAGUUAUUGCUGCUGACAUACCCAAAACCGUCAGACACCUCCCCGAUAGCAGGAAUGCUGUCCUCGACCAUGUGCAGCAAACCGCAGAAGAUCUGCUCGCAGCUCUCGGAUCUCUCAGAAACAAAAUACUGACAAGUACUUGA